AUGGAUCAAUCAAAAGAAUUAGCUGUCAGUGUUCAAAAUGGAUGUAAAAAUUACGGACAUUUUUGGAAUUCUACACGUGUUUUACACGAUAUUACACUUAACGUUCCCAUUGGAAUUAUAUAUGGUUUAUUAGGACCAAGUGGAUGUGGAAAAACGACGUUAUUACGUUGUAUUGUUGGUCGUUUCGAAUUGAAUUCAGGUGAAAUUUUAUUAUUUGGAAAACAUCCUGGAAGUUAUGGACAUGAAAUUCCUGGCCGAUCAGUUGGUUAUAUGCCACAAGAAAAUGCUCUUUAUAAGAAUUUUUCUAUUUCGGAAAUGCUUCAUUAUUUCGGUCGUCUUCAUCAUAUGUCGAAAAAGGAAAUUUUAUCUCGAGUAGAAUUUCUCAUUCAUUUUCUUGAUUUACCUUUAAAAACGAGAAAAGUUGCUCAAUUAAGUGGUGGACAACAACGUCGUGUUUCAUUGGCAUGUGCACUUCUUCAACAACCGAAAUUAUUAAUUCUCGAUGAACCGACUGUCGGAGUUGAUCCUUUACUUCGAGAAAAAAUUUGGACACAUUUAAUUGAAAUUUGUCAAUCAAGUCAAACGACGAUCAUUAUCACAACUCAUUACAUUGAAGAAGCAAGAAAAGCCAAUCGAGUUGGAUUGAUGAGAAGUGGAAGAAUGUUGGCAGAAGAUGAACCAUUGAAGCUUUUAAAUCAAUAUAAUCAAACAAGUUUGGAAAAUGUUUUUCUUCAUUUGUGUUUCAAUGAUCAAAAUCGAAUUGAAAGAGAAAAUCUUCCAAUUUCAUUCGCAAAUCCUUUAACAACAGAAGUUAACACAGAUAAUUUUCUUCCAAUGAAUACAAAUCAAAUCAAAAAAAGUUCCAAACCAAAAAAAAUUCUUCGAGAUUAUUUGGUUUUUCCUAAAUUACAUAAAAUUCUCGCAUUGAUUAUCAAAGAUUUAACAGUUAUCAAAACAAAUAUCGGAUUUUUAUUUUUUCAAUUUUUAAUUCCUGUUAUUCAAGUUUCGUUGUUUUGCCUUUGUAUUGGACGUGAUCCGAAAGCUCUUCCAAUGGCACUUUUUAACAACGAAUCUCUCAACAAUUUCCCCACGGGCAAUGAGAGUUUACAACUCCUUAGUCAAAUCAAUUCGGAUCAAAUUCAUUUUAAUUCGUUUAAUAAUUUCGAUCAAGCAUUGAACUCGGUAAAACAAGGUCGAUAUUGGGGUUUAGCUGAAAUUCGAACGAAUUUUACUGAAGCGAUCAAUGACAAAUUUUUCAAAUUUCAAACGGAUCCAUUAACAUUAAAUACAUCGUCAAUUCAUUUAUAUCUCGAUAUGACAAAUCAACAAGUGACAUUUACAAUGCAAAAUGUGAUUUUAAAUGGAACAGAAAUGUUUUUAAAACGAUUUUUAUCUGAACAUGGCUUUGAUCCUUCGAUUGUUAAUCCACCUGUAAUUAUUGAAAAUCCCAUUUAUGGAAGUUUAACUCCGAAAUUUUUGAAUUUCGCGGCACCGGGAAUGAUGAUAUCGGUCAUAUAUUUUUUAGCGCUCUGA